AUGUGUGAGGAGAAUGUCCAUGUUAGUGAAGAUGUUGCCGGCAGUCGGAGCUUUUUCACGAAUGCCAGGCCUAGGUUAAUUGUACUAAUAAGGCAUGGGGAAAGCGAAUCAAAUAAAAACAAGGAGGUUAACGGUUAUAUCCCUAACCAUCUGAUUUCUUUGACGAAAACAGGUCAAAUUCAAGCUAGACAAGCAGGUAUUGACUUAUUACGUGUAUUAAACGUAGACGAUCACAACUUGGUGGAAGAUUUGGCUAAGAAAUAUAUUAAAGAUGAAAGCAGCAGGAGAACUUUACCGUUGAAGGACUAUACCAGGCUGAGUAGAGAAAAGGAUACAAAUAUAGUUUUUUAUACAUCACCCUAUAGAAGAGCGAGGGAAACGUUGAAGGGUAUUUUGGACGUCAUCGAUGAAUAUAACGAAUUAAACAGUGGUGUGCGUAUCUGCGAAGAUAUGAGGUAUGACCCCUGCGGUAAACAAAAACACGCAUUUUGGCCGAGAGGACUUAAUAAUACUGGUGGCGUUUACGAAAAUAAUGAAGAUAAUAUUUGUGAAGGGGAGCCUGGAAAAUGUUAUCUGCAAUAUCGUGUUAAGGAUGAGCCAAGAAUAAGGGAACAAGAUUUUGGUAAUUUCCAAAAAAUCAACAGCAUGCAGGAUGUUAUGAAGAAGAGAUCUACCUAUGGUCAUUUCUUCUUCAGAUUCCCUCAUGGAGAAAGCGCGGCAGAUGUAUAUGACAGAGUUGCCAGUUUUCAAGAGACUCUAUUUAGGCAUUUCCAUGAUAGACAAGAGAGAAGGCCCAGAGAUGUCGUCGUCCUUGUUACACAUGGUAUUUAUUCCAGAGUUUUCCUGAUGAAGUGGUUUAGAUGGACAUAUGAAGAAUUUGAAUCGUUCACUAAUGUUCCCAACGGGAGCGUAAUGGUGAUGGAACUGGACGAAUCCAUCAAUAGAUACGUCUUGAAGACCGUGUUGCCCAAAUGGACCGAUUGUGAGGGAGACCUGACUACAUAA